GGACAACCUUUGCCACCGGGUCUGUUUGCGGUGCAUGCUGGGUAAAUGUGUGCAGUGAUGGUACAACUGGUUGGAUGAGUUUUGGGAGCUGAAUGAACCACCAGCAGCAGAGGGACACUCACACAGAGUUGACCUGUACAGAAGAUCAUGGCGGCAGCAGAGUCCAGCCCUCUGACCACUCACGUGCUGAACACCGGAGACGGCGUCCCGGCAGCCAGGAUGGCGCUCAGUCUGCACCGACUCGACUCCGAUCUGAUGAUCUGGAACAUGCUGAGUGUCGGGACUACAAAUGAAGAUGGCCGCUGCCCAGGACUCGUCAGCCGACGAGCUUUCGCCGCCGGCAUGUACAAGCUGCGCUUUGAGACGGGUUCAUACUGGGAGACUCUGGGUCAGACCUCCUUCUACCCGUAUGUAGAGGUGGUGUUUACCAUCAGUGAGCCUGAUCAGAGAGUCCACCUCCCUCUGCUGAUGACUCGGUUCUCGUACAGCAGCUACAGAGGAAGCUGAGCGGGAUCUUACAUCAGCUCCUGUUGUGAUGUUUUUAGGAAUUUAUUUGGACUGUAAAUACUUAAUUAUAGAAUACAAUGUGUUUAUGUAAACAUAUAUAAAUGUACAUUUGGUGUGAGGAGCAUUUUAAUCAUCAUGAUAAUUAAUGUAACUGCAGACUUAAAUUACAUAAACAACAAUUAAAGCUUCACUUUAUUCCACUAAA